AUGCUGCGUAAACUGGCACCAACGUCUAUAGCAGCAGCAGAAAUUGAUGGUUUAACCAUUCAUUCAUUUUUAGGCGAAAGUCGUAAAAAUUCCAAAAAGAAGCAAACACGAACAUUCAGACCUGGCGAUACGAAGUUGGAAAAUGAAUGGCGUCAUGCUAAAUAUUUGAUAAUCCAUGAGAUCAGUAUGAUUGAGAAGUGGAAAUCAACAAUUGAAGAUUAUCAACUUCUUUCCACACGUAUUGUUAGGAAUCCAAAGCUACCAGCAUCUUUGCGACAGAAGCCAUGGAAUGAAGCUCCAAUACUCGUUUUUCGAAACACACUUCGCACUCAAAUUAACAAUCGAGCUGUGUUAAAUAAAGCAAUGGAAAUGGGACUUCGACCAAUGGAGUGUGCUGCUCAAGAUUAUUUUCAUGGAAAGAUUAUAGACGACUUACGGUUACGCAAAACGAUUCUUGAAUUACCUGACAACAAAACGGAACAUCUUCCAGGCUAUUUACCUCUUGUACCUGAGAUGCCAGUUUUACUUACAGAAAACGUGGCUACAGAGCUUGGACUCUCCAAUGGUACACGUGGAAUAUUCCAUCAACUUGUAUACAAAGAAUCUUCAGCGGAUAUUCAAUUUCAAGACAAGAAUUUUCCAACAAAUACCAAGUUUAUCGCUCAACCAAAAUACGCCUUAGUAGAACUUCCCAAUUUCAAACUUGAUUCUGAACUGGUUGAACUUCAAACCAAGAGCAUUCCCAUAUCAAUCAGUGAACAAACAUUUCUGUUUGAUGUUAAGGAGCUUCUUGCGGAAAAUGUUGCGAAAGCCGCAAAAAUUAACAAAAAAACCACAAAAAUCUCAAUCAAGCGUAAAGCGCUUCCUUUAAUUCCGGCCUACAGCAUGACAACACAUAAGAGUCAAGGCCAAACGCUUGGGAAAAUUAUCAUUGAUCUGGUCAUGCCGCCCGGUUCAGUCGAAGUCGCAUCUGUUUACGUUCCACCAUCACGAGUGAAACGGUUGGAUGAUUUACUGAUCAUACGUCCUUUUGAAUUCGCAGCUCUUCAAGUGAAAUCAUCAACAGCGCAGCGCGAAGAGCUCAUAAGAUUGUAUAGAAUCGCAAAAACUACUCCAAAACGUUUUCCAAUAUCUAUGUACAACAAACCUAUUUUUAACAAUUACACGAUUUUCGAGCUAACUUGA